UAUAAACUUAUUUAUUAAUUUGGAGUUUUAUAAUUUAUUUUAAACAUAAAAUAAGUUCAAAAUGAAAUUAGUGCUCAUUUUGGGAUUUAUAGCAUUGAGUAGUGCUCUCAGUAUUAGCCGCCAAGAGGUGGACAACGAAUGGGAGAAAUUCAAACAUGAAUAUCGCAAAAACCAAUACUACGCCAACUCUAAUGAGGAGGCGCUUCGGAAGCAGAUAUUUGCGGACACCUAUGACAUGAUUGUCAGACAUAACAAAGAGGCCGAUGAAGGCAUCCAUACCUACCGAUUGGGUGUCAACCAGUUCUCGGACAUCACGGAUGAAGAGUACAGACAAAUGUUGACAUUAGACGUGUCGGCGCUGGAGGGACAGCAAACUUAUGACAAGAAGCCGUACUCCAUAAAAGCACAGUUACCCGAAAGUGUCGACUGGAGGGCCAAGAAUGUGGUGACAGCCGUCAAGAAUCAGGGAUCGUGCGGUUCAUGCUUCGCCUUCGCCAGCGUUGACACGAUAGAGAGCGCGCACGCCAUCAAAACCGGAACUCUGGUGACCCUAUCCCCGCAAAACGUCAUCGAUUGUAUGGGCAACCCG